AUGGAGAACUCCUCCCGCCCUGAGAGCAAUUCCUCAUGUGCAGACUGCAUCAGGAGAGGGGAUGGGGGUCUGAUUAUGUCCACUCCCUCACUGAGCCCUAGCUUCUACAUCACAGUGCCUGUCAUCUACUCAGUCAUCCGUGCUGUCGGUCUGACAGGCAACACCGCCAUCAUCUAUGUAAUCCUCAAAGCCCCAAAGAUGAAAACAGUCACCAACAUCUUCAUCCUCAACCUGGCCAUUGUUACCUUGGUGCUACCCAUUAACAUUGCUGACUACCUGCUCCUGCAGUGGCCCUUUGGAGAGUUCAUGUGCAAGCUCAUCAUCUCCAUAGACCAGUACACCUUUUCCAGCAUCUGCUUCCUCACCGUCAUGAGCGUUGACCGCUACCUGGUUGUGGUGGCCACCACCAAGUCCAGGAAGAUGUCCUACCGCACCUACCGAGCAGCCAAGAUUGUGAGCCUCUGUGUCUGGUCCUUUGUCACAGUCAUCAUCCUGCCCUUCGCUGUCUUUGCUAAGAUACACAAGGAGCAGGGGCGCUCCCAGUGUGUCUUUGUGUUCCCCCACCCUGAGAGCGUGUGGUGGAAGGGCAGUCAGAUCUACACCCUUAUUUUAGGCUUUGCCAUCCCAUUGUCCACCAUCUGCAUCCUCUACACCACCAUGCUGUGCAGAUUGAGACGCAUGCACCUCCAUUGCAACGCAAAAGCCCUGGUAAGCCAAAAAAAAGUGACGAUGAUGGUGGUUGUCAUCCUGGCCGUGUGCCUGUUCUGCUGGACACCCUAUCACCUUAGCACAGUGGUGGCCCUCACCACAGACAUCCCACAAACUCCACUCAUCGUUGGGAUUUCCUACUUCAUCACUAGCUUGAGUUAUGCCAACAGCUGCUUCAACCCUUUCCUCUACGCCUUUCUGGAUGACAGUUUCCGAGGGAGCUUUUGCAAACAGAUAAACUGCAGAACCACCUCGUAA